AUGGCUAAUAAUAUCUCAGCAACGACCAACGAUCCAUCUGUAGAUAUGUUAAAUACUGCUCGUAUUGGAAUUCAACAUAUUGGUCAACCAAUUCUUUUUACACUUGGUAUGAUUGGAUGUAUAUUGAAUAUAGCAAUUUUUCUUCGUCCAUCAAUGCGUAGCAAUUCAUGCGCUAUUUAUUUUCAUGCAAGUUCAUGGGCUAAUUUACAGUGUUUAACAUGGGGUUUGUUUGUUAGUAUGCUUGCUUCGUUUACCAACUAUAAUCUAUUAAAUUAUAAUUCGGCAUAUUGUAAAAUUCGUUAUUAUAUUCUUACUGCUUCUCAAUUGGUCAGUCGAGGAUGUGUUGUCUUAGCAUGUUUAGAUCGUUUUUUAUUGUGUUCCCAAUCAGUUCAACAACGAUCGUUUUGUCGACCAAGUGUAGCAAUUAAAGUUAUGUUGAUAACUGUUACCAGUUGUGCUUGUUUAUCAAUCUAUGUGUUAAUAGUUUAUGAUGCAUUACCUCAAACACAUCAAUGCAGUACAAGUUCAGCAGCAGGAAAAAUCAUUGAUACUACAGUUUUAUUCUUAUUUAAUUUUGGAACUCCAGCUUUUUUAAUGAGUACAUUAAGUGGAAUGAUUAUAUGGCGAUUGAAACAAAACGGAAAACGAGUCGGACGCCAAAAAGUACAUGUACGUAAAAGAGAUCUUCAACUGGCAGUGAUGCUUAUAGGACAAGUGGUUUUGUAUAUAACAACAGCACUUCCAUUUGUUACAAAUUUUGUUUAUUCAACAAUAACACAAUAUGUUCCAGCAUCAAGUAAAUCACCAUAUCGAAUUGCAGCAGAAUCUUUAGCUAUAACAGCGACCGGUAGUUUUGGUACCUUUAUAUUUAAUGCAUUAACUUUUUAUGUUUACACAUUAACAGCACCGAGUUUUCGUCGUGAACUAUUUGCAUUGAUUCUUCCGACACGAUGGUUGAAUCGUUUUCAACAACCAGAACGAACUCAAAUCUCUCGAACUAAUCGUAUCAAUCCAUCAUUUCCAGAUGGUCAUUCGAUCGAUUCACAAGUUCGACGAAAUUAA